AUGAUUGAAUCAGUCAAUACGACAGCCAAAUUAAAUGCCACUGCUGACUUUGGUUUGACGGAAAGCGAGAAAAAACUAGUCGAUGAUCUCAGAAAAUACCUUGGAGAUGACAUUCUUCAAGAAUCCCCACUAUUCAACGACGAUAUGUCGUUAUUAAGGUGGUGUUUGGCCUUGGAAAACAAAUUUGGUAAGUCCUUCAUCGCGCCAAAAAAGGCUCUUAUAAGGUUCUCUUCCUUUGAAAGUCGUGGCCUUGUGGCGUAAUGGAUAACGCGUCGGACUUCGGAUCCGAAGAUUGCAGGUUCGAGUCCUGUCAGGGUCGACUAAUAUUUUUGUCUUUUUUAGCUAAUAUUAUAUUUAAAUAAUUUACAAAACAUCAAUUAUCAUCUAAAAUUCAAUAUUUUCUUUUGUGGAAUUAACUAUUUUUUAUGUUUAAUACGCUUUUUAAUGAAUUUUUAGAAGUGAUUGCCGAGAAGUUCAAAGAAACAAGCAAAACCUUGGCCGCCAUGAAGUUAUACGACCUUGAAUUUAAUGAUAUCGACGAAAUUAAUGAUUAUUUUAGAAACUAUCACACUACAGCCGAGUACUAUGCAGGUAAACUCAUUAUAUUAGACUUUAUGUUUUAUAAAUUUUCAAAAACGUUUUAUAUUACCCUUGAACAAAAAGUUAUUUUAAAAUUUUAAGGCGGCCUAGUAGGCCAAGACAAAAGUGGCCACUGGAUUUUGUGUCAAGUUAGUGGAAAGAUAAGGCCGAAGCAACUAGCAUAUUGUGGACGAGUUAGUGAUCUCUUCAAGGGUACUCUGAUGAGUAAUACUAUAUUGUACAACUUGGUUAGACAAACCGAGAGGAAGCUUGGCAGAAGGUGUGGAAUGAAGCUAAUAUACGAUCUCAACGGACUAGGGAAGGAGCAUUUCUACCCACCUACAGUCAAGAUCUACCUCAAUGUGGUCAAAUUGGCACAGGUAAGGGUGUGCCAUAUGUUCUUGGUACUAGUCUUUUUUGUGUUUGGUCCUAGUUUUUUUGCACUUGGUACUAUUUUAUGUCUUUUUUACUACCUUUGUUGUCAUAACUCCAUUCCAGGAGCACUUCCCAGACAUGAUGACAAAGAUAUUUAUAAUAAAUGCCCCAGGCAUGUUUGCAUCAGCUUAUAAUGUCAGUAAGACAGUAUUGUCCACAAGGUUGAGAAAACAAGUCGAGAUUCUGAAUACCGACUUCAAAGAUCGAGUAUUGGAAGAACUUGGGCAUGACAACGUCUAUCCAGAUUGGGGAGGGUCAAAGAUUCCAAAGCGAGGAGAUCCAGGGUGUGGAACGUUACUCAUGGCCGGACCCAUUCCCGACCAUUUCAAGUGAGAACUUAUGACAUUAGAGAUAUUCUAUAAACUUUUGGACCAAAAGGUUAUUGGAAUACCAAUUUUUUGCUUGAAAUUGUGAUUUUGUACCUACUUUUCAAAAUUUUUUUCUGUAAAAUUUUUGACUAAAACCAUAUUUUAAGCCUGGUUCGACUAAAAUACCGCUUUUCUCAGAACUUUUAGACCUUUUUUACUUUCAGAUACAUCCCAGAGAAGAACCACCUUCACGUUCACGACAAACAGCUCACGAAACUCUCAGUGCCACCACGCCAAGAGAAGGAAGUUCGUUUGAAUGGCAGAAAAGGGCAUAAAGUGACGUGGUUCCUGAAGUCUUCAUCUGAAGUCGACUUCUCGGUUUGGUUGGGCGAGAAGAUCAUCCGCCCCAAAUUCAGAAUCCAAACUGAUUUUGUGCCAGAAUUCGACGAAGUCGAGAUCCAUGAGGACGGUGAGGUGGUUUUUGUGUUUGACAACACGUUCAGCACGUUCUCCAAGAAGAACGUUCAUUACCACGUUGACCUCAAGGCUGUGAAUUAA